UCGUGCUUAAAUUGAAAAUGUUUUAACGUUGUGGGCUUCAGUUGUUAAAUGGCAUAAAUAAAUCAAAUAACUACGAAUUUUUUUUAAGUGUUUGCCAAGUGUAAUUAAUUGAGAGUGGCGAUAAAACUCAAAGUAAUGGAUAACAACAACGAUUUAAAUCAAGUGCAAACGCCUUCGACCGUAGAUCGCAGCUCAGCUUCAACUGAAACAUUUAUGGAUUCCCAACGUUUUGGAUGGUGCCGCUUUAAGCCCAAGUGCCUGCAGAGGUUUUGCACUGCUAAAUGGGCUUUAUUUUGGCUAUGUUGGGGAGGUGCAAUGCAAGGCCUGAUAGUGAAUGGAUUCAUCAAUGUGGUAAUUACAACAAUCGAAAGACGUUUUGGCUUGCGUUCACGUCAGACUGGUCUGGUGGCAAGUGGCUAUGACAUCGCUUCAUUCCUGUGUCUUGUGCCGGUGACGUAUUUUGGUGGUCGUCUGGGAGCUUCCAAGCCUCGCAUUAUUGCCUGGGGCGUUAUGCUGCUGGGCAUCGGUUCACUAACCUUUGCUUUGCCUCACUUCCUGGUAGGGCCCUAUAGGGCUACUAUGUCUGCGACCAGCACGUGCAGAGCUGUUAGCUGGGAAAAUAACCACACAUUACAGAGCUGCGACUUAAAAAACGCUGUAGACUCCUCUAAUGUUGUAAAUAUAUCUGAUGAGGCUGCCGAUAAUUUGACAUGGACCGUAUGGUUGUUCUUUGCUGCCCAACUGUUGCAUGGUGCGGGGGCUUCGCCCCUGUUCACACUGGGUGUUACCUACAUCGAUGAAAAUGUCUCCAAGAAAAUGUCAUCUGUGUAUUUAGGCACUUAUUAUACGAUGACAAUGUUGGGACCAGCUCUUGGUUACGUUCUGGGAGGACAGCUCUUACUAAUCUAUACCGAUUUCUUACAUAUUGACACAUCAGAAUUAAACUUAACCAGCGCGAGUAAAGUUUGGAUAGGAGCCUGGUGGAUUGGUUUUAUUGUUGCUGCUGUGGCAUGCUUCAUAUUGGCUAUACCAAUAUUUGGAUACCCUGCAUCAUUGCCAGGUUCGGAAAAACUGCAGCAAGAAAAGAUAUCGGAAGCGUACAAUGCCAGCAAGUCAGUGGAAAAGCCAACUGCUUUUACCAAAUUGAAGGAACUUCCUUUGGCUUUAACAUCAUUGUUGAGAAAUCCCACAUUUGUUUUUCUAAAUUUAGCUGGGGCUUCGGAGGGUAUGAUAAUAGCUGGCUUUGCUGCCUUUCUGCCCAAACAAAUCGAAAAUCAAUUCAGCAUCUCUCCGGUGUGGUCAGCUCUGCUGAUGGGCUUGAUCACUGUUCCUGCAGGCGGCGGUGGCACCUUUCUAGGCGGGUACUUAGUGAAAAGGUUUAAUCUCAACUGUGCUGGCAUAAUAAAACUUUGUCUCAUGGUGACGGUAAUCGCUACGUUAUUUACGAGUUGUUUUUUGCUGUCUUGUCCGAAUCUAAAUUUUGCCGGAGUUACCACACCUUAUCAGGGCUUCCAUCAAAUGCAGCAGUCACAAAUGGCUGAAAUGGGCAUUGAUCUUGAGUUUGCUUGCAAUGCAAAUUGUUCCUGUAGCCGCUAUAUGUACGAUCCGAUAUGCGGAGCAGACAAUGUUAUGUACUACAAUCCUUGCUAUGCCGGUUGUGCCCUGGAGCUAUCCCUUAAUGAUAGUAAAUCCUAUAAGGACUGUGGGUGCAUAACAACUAAACAUCCGCGUGAAUACGACGCCACCAAUACAAUGUGCACGUCAUCAUGUCAAUAUUUGCCAUAUUUCAUAGCCUUGUGUUUCACUCUAAUGCUCUUCACCUUUUUGGCUACAAUGCCUGCUUUGUCAGCUACUUUGAGAUGUGUCUACGACGACCAACGUUCCUUUGCCCUGGGGAUACAAUGGAUCAAGGUGCGACUUCUGGGCACCAUUCCGGCUCCUAUGAUAUUUGGAACUCUCAUCGAUGAAACGUGCAUUCUAUGGCAAGAAACAUGCGACGAAGAGGCCGGUGCGUGUUUGGUUUAUGAAAAUUCCCAAAUGAGUCGGUACAUGUGGAUUCUAGCGCUGACUGGUAAACUAUGCUCUGUGACGUUCUUUUUUGCUGCCUGGUGGUUUUACAUUCCACCCAAACAAGUGUCGCAUGAUGAAGGCUGUGAAAAUGCAGAGGAUUGCAAUAGGACUGCAUCACCCAUAAGCACGGUGGAGAGUGUGAUAGUGAUGAAAUCAACAAGUUAGAAACCAGCUGCUUGGUUGAUGUUACAUUAACAUUGACCUCGCCAAUCAUGGUGGUGUAUACAAGUACCCCUUGGUAUAUAAGAAUGCAUACACACACACAUAUAAACAUAGCAACAGCUGAUUCCAUUCAUGAAAAUCGACGGGAAAUUUAACUCAGUAAAAGGAUCUCAUUGGCAUGCGUCAAUUAGACGUGUGACACGUACAGCCCACACAUCCAUAACUCAUUCUAAUUCAUACAAGAAUUGCCCACAAAUAGAUUUAGUUAUACAUGUGACCACAUACUCGCUCAUAAACCUAUAACUUCGAGUAUACUAUUUGCUUCUGAUUUUGAUAAAAUUACAUUCACCGAAACCAAAUUCUGCAGAAAAAGGCAAAUUUUAAUUCCAAAUUACUAGGGGAAAGUGUAUUACAUCGAGCGGGUAUGUGACUCAAUCUAGGCAAUAAGGAAAUUGAACGUUUAUUAACAAUU